UUUGCUAAACAAAAACACAGAAAAGAAAGUAAAUAUGGCAAAAGAAGGAAAAAUUGAAGGUAAAAACGUGUUGAUUACUGGAGGCGCCUCUGGACUAGGGGCAGCGUAUGCUGAAGCAUUCCUAAAAUUCGGAGCAGAGAAUAUAGCCAUACUAGACGUUUCUGAAGUGGGUAAACUUUAUGCAGACAAACUAAAUGAAACUUAUAAAAAUAAAGUGAUCUUUAUCAAAUGUGAUGUCAGCAAAGAAGAAGAAAUCAAAAAUAGCUUUCAAGAAGUGCUGACUGCAUUCAAAAGGAUAGAUGUUAUUAUUAACAAUGCAGGUAUCAUGAAUGAUUCCAUAGAUGCAUGGAGGACAGCUUCUGAUGUCAAUUGGCAAGGUGUGGUCUCAUUCACGAGGAAAGGCAUAGGACAUAUGCGCAAAGAUGAGGGCGGAUCAGGCGGUACCAUUAUCAACAUUGCGUCUGUUACUGCCGUAGUUAGGAUGCAGCAUCUACCGGUGUACAGUGGAUCUAAGGCUGCUGUACUACACUUCAGCAGAUGCAUUUCGUCUCCUGAAUUCUACGACGCGACCGGAGUUCGAAUAUUGACGAUAAGUUUUGGACCAACAGCUACAGCACUCAUGAGUAACCUUGCAUCGAGGUUUUUUGAUCCAAAAUUCAUUAAUCUGUUUUUUACUAGAAAUUCUAAUCCUCCUUUUCAAAGGUAAAUAAACAACUAUUCAUAAUCACACUAAUAUUAAAAAGGCGAAAGUUUGUACG